GUAACACCGACUCUUACGGUGAAAACCGGAAGUACUUCUGUUUUCGUUUGUUAAACGAAUUGCUGCCUGAUUUGGGCUGACUUAUCUUUUAUAACUGCCUCGGAUUUAUUAAUGUGUACUUAGUUUCAAGAAAGAAAGACAACUUACGAUUCUGAGAUGUCCAUGUCCCAUCUAUAUGGGAGGAGGGAGGAGGAGGAGGAUGGUGUGGAGGUGGAGAGCUUUGAGGUGACAGAUUGGGACCUUGCCAACGAGUUCAACCCAGAGCGUCGCAGACACAGACAGACGAAGGAUCAGGCCACCUACGGGAUCUGGGCUGACAGAGACUCAGACGAGGAUGAGAGGCCUAGCUUUGGAGGAAAGAACUCUAAAGACUACACUGCUCCAGUGAACUUUGUGAGUGCUGGACUGCGUAAGUCUGCAGCAGAGGAGAAACAGCAAAAAGCAGAAGGAGGCUCUGAUGACUCAGAAGAUGAAGGUCCUUCAGCACCGCCACCUCCACGCAGCACUGCACCCAAAAAACUCCAAAUGGGUAAUUUCCGAGGGAACCAGCCCCAGAGGUUUGCAGGUGGCAUACAGUCUGGGAAAGGCAUUGGUACCUGGGAAAAGCAUACGAAGGGAAUUGGACAGAAACUUCUGCAGAAAAUGGGAUACCAACCUGGCAAAGGACUGGGCAAGAACGCUCAAGGUAUCAUAAACCCAAUUGAGGCAAAACUUCGUAAAGGCAAGGGAGCAGUGGGUGCUUAUGGCAAUGAACGAACCAAGCAGAGUCUGACUGAUUUUCCUGUUGUUGACUCCGAGGAAGAGGAGGAUAAGGAGUUUCAGAAGGAGCUUGGCCAGUGGCGUAAGGAUCCAGCAGGUUCUGUAGGAAAAAAGAAACCAAAGUACUCCUACAGGACUGUGGACGAGCUGAAAGCUAAAGGCAAGCUGGCAGGACGCAGUACAGCCACAUCUGCUGGAGAGCUGGCACAGGUCAAGGUCAUAGAUAUGACUGGAAGAGAACAAAAGGUAUAUUACAGUUACAGUCAGAUGUCCAACAAGCACAGUGUUCCAGAUGAAGGUCCACCAAGCCUCUCCACUCAGGAUCAGAAGGGAUCUGGCUUUGCUCUCCCUGAACUCGAACAUAACCUGCAGCUUCUGAUAGACCUCACAGAACAAGACAUAUUACAGUCUGCCAGACGUCUGCAGCAUGAAAAAGAUGUAGUUGUGUCUCUGAGCCACGAGUCACGGGCACUGCAGAGCAGACUGGAGGCAGAGCAAGAUGCCAUCCAGAGAAUAGAGGCCGUUCUGGAAUUGGUUGGGCGUUUUCCUUCUGGAGAGAUGGCACCUGGGGAGGGACCCAGCCUGCAGGAGUGUGCCCGGAUCUUUGAGACUUUACAAACAGACUAUUAUGAAGAAUACAAGACAAUGGGAUUGGCAGACCUGGCUGUAGCUGUUGUACAGCCAUUACUCAAGGAGAAACUUCGGUCCUGGGACCCUUUGAAGGACAGCUCCUACUGUCUGGAAGACAUUGGUCAGUGGAGAGCCAUCCUUGAAUCUAGAGACCUCCAUAGCAGUGCCCCAGAUUCAAACAUGGACCCUUACCACAGACUGUUGUGGGAAGUGUGGAUCUCAGUGAUGCGGCCCUGUGUGACGGCAUGGCAGCCUCGUAAUGUAGGGCCAAUGGUGGAUUGCGUGGAGGUGUGGGCUCCUAUACUCCCUCUGUGGAUCCUGGAUCACCUGAUGGAGCAGCUGAUCUUACCCCGGCUACAGCGAGAGGUGGAUAGCUGGAACCCUUUAACUGACACAGUGCCAAUCCACUCCUGGAUCCAUCCUUGGCUGCCUCUUCUACAAGCACGUCUAGAGCCUCUUUACCCUCCAAUCAGGAGCAAACUGUCCAAUGCAUUGCAGCGAUGGCACCCAAGCGACACGUCAGCCCGCCUCAUCCUGCAGCCUUGGAAAGAUGUUUUUACUCCAGGUGCAUGGGAGGCCUUCAUGGUGAAAAAUAUCAUCCCUAAACUAGCUCUGUGCCUUGAGGAGCUAGUUAUCAACCCUCACCAGCAGCAGAUGGAGCCAUUUCACUGGGUGAUGGACUGGGAGGGCAUGUUGUCCCCCUCCAGCCUUGUGUCACUGCUGGACAAAAACUUUUUCACAAAGUGGUUGCAGGUCUUGUGCUCAUGGUUGAGCAACAGUCCUAACUAUGAGGAAAUCACUAAAUGGUACCUGGGUUGGAAAACCAUGUUUAGUGACGCUUUGUUGUCACAGCCCCUCAUUAAAGAAAAAUUCAACGAAGCUUUGGACAUCAUGAACCGCGCAGUGUCUUCAGGCAUGGGUGGAUACAUGCAACCUGGUGCAAGAGAGAACAUUGCAUAUCUCACACAGACAGAGAGGCGAAAAGACUUCCAGUAUGAAGCGAUGCAGGAGCGCAGAGAUGCAGAGAGUGUGGCUCACAGAGGCAUCAGCUCUGGUGUGCCGACUAACUUCAAAGAUCUUAUCCAGACAAAAGCAGAAGAGAACAACAUUGUCUUUAUGCCCAUAGUGGCUAAACGGCACGAGGGCAAACAGCUGUACACCUUUGGGCGUAUUGUCAUCUACAUCGACAGAGGGGUUGUGUUUGUGCAAGGAGAGAAGACUUGGGUCCCCACGUCUUUGCAGAGUCUGAUAGAUAUGGCCAAGUGAGGGUGGACUGACUGAUACCUUGCUCUGCCUAUUGUGAAAGAGAAUAAAUAAUACACUUUUGCUUUAUAGGUAACUUCAGUAUGCUGAUCCUUGUCAAAUGUGUUUUGUACAUUUUUAAAGUGUCACUAGUACUGUGAAUAAAUAUCUUUUCAAUAUA